AUGUCUAUAGUAGCCGUUGACCGUGUAAUAGGAGUAUCAACUUCGACCAUUUUUCGUUAUGGUUUCCCACAUGAUUUGCAGCCAUUGAAAUUCGACUGCAGUUGUGCGCACGAUUCCCAAUGCGGUAAGUUGAUGCGCGUUCCAAAAAUGUCAAGACAGCCCCACACACCAACCACAGGCGAUAGAAAGAUAGCUGAGUCAGCGUGCUUUACUCAAUCUACCAGGGUCAGUGGACCCGACAACUUGACUCUGUAUUCUAGACCCUUAAUAGCAUAUAUAUAUAUAACUGUAGAAAUAGAUAAAACUUAUUUUAGUAAUCUCUUUUAG